CUGAGCUGAGCCGCCACCCCCGCCGCCAUGUCGCGUUCUUAUGGAACUGCCUCAGAAGCGCGUGAGAAAAACACCCCCUCUGCCCUCUCUAAGUGCGUGAAACCGAAACAUGCACUUGUAACUCUCAACUCUCUCUAUCUCUCUCACACAUGUCACGGUGUCAUGCAGAAAGAGAUAAAACACAGAGAGCGCAUGCAGAUCGCAGAAUCAUCCCAGCCGUCCAAUCCAACCUGCGUGGCUCUGUUUGCCCGCACCGUCCGAUGCUCCCCAACUACUCCACCGUUCUACAAAACACUCUCAAGAACCAAGCUCACACUUUUAACUUUCAUCAUUAUUAACAAUUGAUUGGGAUUUGAGAGAGAGACAGAGACAGAGAGAGCAUCAGGGAGUGGAGGAAAUGGCGGGAACACAUGGGAGGAGCGAGAGCGAGAAAGAGAAGACAAAGAUGAGGGAGAGGCAGAGGAGGGCCAUCACAACCAAAAUCUUCCACGGCCUCCGCAAGCACGGCGGCUACGGUCUCUCCCCCCGCGCCGACAUCAACGAGGUCCUCCGCCAUCUCGCCUCCGAGGCCGGCUGGCUCGUCGAACCUGACGGCACCACCUACCGCCGCCGCUCCCCCAAUGUUUCGAAUUGCUGUUCGGUCUGCGGCGGGGUCCCCAAAGCCAGCGCCAAGUCGGCAGCAGCAGCAGCAACGCCGAGCAGUAGCAUGGUGAUGGGCGGCUGUGAGAGUUCGACCACAGCCUCUCCAACUUCAAGCAGUCUGCCUGCCUUCAACAAUAACAACACCAGCGACACCACAGCCACCAACAACAACAGUGUGAGCGUUUACUCGGCUAUGUACGUGUACGAAGGUGGGCUCCACAACCACCAGCUGCAUGAAGCCAGGGCUUCCAACAACACCUCCCCCUCCCACUGCCCUUAGAACAAAACUCUCUUCUUUAUUUCCCGUUUUGCCCCUCCCACCGCCACCCUCACCGUUCAACCGCAGCAGGCUCUUUUAUAUAAUAAUAAUAU